UCGGGCUUCGUGGGACAGAAUAGUUGGAAAGAGAAUUUUGCUGCAAUCACUAAUAAGAUAUAUAGAAAGGGAGUAAAGUAAAUAUACGGUUGAGAUGUCUGGACCAUGUAAACACAAGAGGAUUGCAUUUGUUAUUCACUAAAAUGUCGUUUCAAACAUUAUGUGCGGUUUGUGGAUUUGAUACGGAUAUUCUCGAAACAGACAAUACGUUAUAGUUGACGCUGAUGCGUGUUUUUCGAGAAAGUCGAUACCUCUGAGCGCUCUCCCCUGAUACUUGAAUGGAAACUAAGUAGUGAGCAAAUAUUGAUUUGCUUUUACUAGAAUUUGACUACGUUUGGUUUUCAAACCCAAUACUUGGCUUGCAAAAGCGAUCUGGUGUUGACAUGUUAGUGAAUCCAGUUUCUGGUACCGGAGGAACUAUUUUCAACGGAGGACUACUCUAUCUUUUUGCCACAGAUCGGACCAAAACCCUCUGGACUAAGCUAACAGAAAUGAUGUGGAAGCUUGAACGAGAAAUAAAGGAGAGGCCAGAUAAUAAAACAAUAUCAGAAGGGAAAAAUGACCAGAUAUUCCUAUCUACGUUAAUUUGUGAAAGGUAUGCAAAUGUCACUACAGAAUUACUAACGCUAGAUGUAUACGCUGAUGGUAAAUGGUACAGUAUGACUGACGCCCAGAGGGAGAAAUUACACCCUAUUGUUAUCAGCAACAACUGGAUAAUAGGAAACAAUAAUAAAAUCAACAGAGCAAAGAAAUGGAACCAUUGGUUUCUACGCCCUGAUAAUACGUGUGAUAUGGAAACGGUGAAAAAAGUCGUGUACACAGAAUUCUAGUAAACUUUUAUUGAAUAGUUCAUGUCCCGAACGGUAUCAUUAACAAUGUGUCAUCUUGGUUAUUAUUUCAAAAAAUCAUUGAAUCUUUUUACGAUUUCAGUUCACUACCCUAUACUUGAGAUAGUCUGUCAAUAUCAUUCUCCGCGCUUUUUAUGAGUGCAGUGCAGUGUAUGUCGUAAAUGACGGUUUUUGGAAGGUGAUAUAACCGCGCUGAACUUAAUCAGGAAUAGACUGUCUCACAACUAUUUCGAAUCUAUUCACUGGACAAUGUAGUUCAAUGCAGAAUAAUUUACAACCUCUGACGUCAUUUUCGUUACAAACCGGAAAAUUUGGCCUACACUAUAUCCACCUUUGAGGCAGCCUUGGACUUGAUCACAAACUUACAAGUCCUCAUGCCCAGUAAAAAUAGUUCAACAUAUUUUGAAUAUAUACCAAUGGCGCAGUAAUUUACGUCGAAUAACUAUCGGCUGAAUGCCUUUAUUUCCAAACUUUUUACUUUACAGAGUGUUAAUCACAAAAGCGCAGUAUCAUAUUGAUGAUAUGGUUAGCCGAAUCAAAUCCUAUAUGUAUUGGGUUUCUAACUAUCAAAGCACUGUCAGCGCUUGUGCCAUUUUUGGAAUGGAUUCUUUUCAUACAGUACUAACAUAAAUCACCUUCCAUCGGUACUGUGCUAUCAGUACUUUGAUUUCCUUCCGAUAAUCUUUAUUUUAAUGUAUGAUCAGGCCCAGAAUCAUGGCAUCAGAUUUAACAACACAAACGAGAAAAAUAAGUUUCCUUAGAGAAAAAAAUAUAUAUUGGCCUUCACAUGGAAAAUUCCUUUCGUUUUCAGUUUGAUGAAUGUGCCAGAAAGAAGGUUUCCUUUUUUGUGUGUAAUCAUUUUAUUUUAUAUUUUAUUUUAAGUAUUGAUUUGUUGUAUUGUAGGCAUUGUUAUUUGCCAUAUUUAUUUCAUAUGACACGGGGUAUAGGCCUUUUAUUCCAACCGAAAUUCCGGAUAAUGCUUUGUAAAGUUAAUUUAUGCUAAUUUUUAAACCCACUUUAUGGUGUUACUUUUAUUGGUAUGUAUAUACGUAAGUUUUACUACUACUUCUAUAUAAGCAUUUGUGAAUGAUUGUUAUGCAUUUGUUAAGAAUUGUUGUAUGUUGUCACUUUGUCGUUGUUUCUAUGUAUUAAGUAUGUAACUAACUCUGCAACUCCUUAAAGGUACAUUGCUCUUACAUCUUUACGUAGGCAUGGCUAUGCCCAUUCCUCUUUGGGUAAUCAACACCAAACUUAUGACACAGUACAUACGCCUGGAACAAACAUCCAUAAACAGUGUCUUUUAUUUAUGGUUUUAUACUUCGAUUAUUUUUUGUUUUUAAGUUAAGUAUUUAUAUGCAUAAUUAUAGUCAUUUCUUUACAAAUGUCACCCAAAAAUGAGGCAAAAACUGGCCUUUGAACCAAGGUGACAUGCAAUUCGUUUCAUUCCAUAUACAGAAAUUUAGAUGUCAAUUUCGCAUAUGGGUGAUGAUCAGUCAAUAAUUAGGUCAAAAAAUCCUGCUCACACUACAAAGGCAAAGCCUUUUCUCCAACAUUUAUAAAACCCCAUCAGACUGUCUGUUUGCCUAGGGUCUACAACAAAGACACCAGUAUCGUUAUGUCAUCUCCUGUUCUACCAGUACUAAGUACACUGUUUUGUCUGGCGCGGAGCUUCUAUUUGGUGCAUCUUGCAGCAACUUUUCAUACUUGUAUGUAGUCCAAUAUUACAUCAUUAUAUGAUCCGGAACACUCAUAUGUUUUAUUACUUUUGUCAUUCAACUUUUGAUGAUAGUAAUAAUUACAUAAUUUUAUGUGUU